UGAGGCAAGCUGGAGUCAGGAUGUAGCAUUGAGUGCCAUGCGGUCCGGGUUCAGGGAUUUUGUGCACGAAAUCGUCACCCACAUUGGGGGCGAAGUCAAACAGUUGAGGGACAAUGUAGGGAAGUUUUGUGAGUGCGCCAUUCAGGGUGCCAAAGCUGCAGCCGCUGUAGAAGGAGAGGCCAGACCCCGUAAGGACCCAGUGAAACUUAAGUUCCCAGACGUGUACGGGGGAAAGAAGGACGAGAACUUUGACAACUGGGAGGCCAGUGUCAAUAGUCACAUUUAUUUACAGCAUAUCCUGAUGGAGGAGCAAGUCCUCGUGGCCUUCCAGGCCCUGAAGGACGAAGCGGCUAGCUUCGCCAGGUCUCUCGCGCGUACAGCAGGUUGUGAAAACAACCUGGUUGCGUAUUCCAAAGUCACUCCUCUUUCCCAAUUCCUCAAGCUCCUCAAGGAGCGGUUCGCUAACCCAACGCGAGGCAUUAGAGUCUCUGAUAAGCUCCAAACGAUCCACUCUCGGCAGUGGAGGAGUGCUAAGGCACUCAAGGGUACUAUGGACGACUUGGUAGUUGUCCUAGACCACGGGGUCACUGAGCCCCAGCUGGUCCAGUUGUUUUAUCGUGCCAUUCCAGAGGCUCUACGCGGGCAUUUCUUUGACAAAUCUCAGCAGGCCGGCAUGACUUACGAUGCAUUGAGUAGGGAAGUCGUCCUGUAUGAGUCAAAGUCUAUGCCAGUUACCACUUUCUGGCAUAAGGACUUGGAGAAGGGGAAAAAGUGGAAAGAUCGUACCAUCUCGGGCCAAGUCAAGGCCAAGGAUCACUUGAUCCUAACAUUAGAGGAGGGUGGUACAGAAGAAAUCCCAUUUGAUCAGAUUGAGUGGGGCCUAGGGGAGGAGUACAGUAGUGUAGGGCAGGGGAGGUCUUACGCUGCUGUCGCGGCUGGAGGGAGGCCGCAUGGUAGAGGAGGAGGCCAGGGCCAAAGGGGCCAGGCCACGGGAGGCCGAGGACCGGGGGCGCAGGGGGUUGGCGGCCAAGGAAACCGCCAAGCGGGAGGUGUGGCAGAAGAGUUAAAGAAGACGAUGCAUGCCUGGGCCAAAAUGAAAAAGGAGAGCAAGGGACAGCUGAUUUUGGUAGAUGUAGAGGUGUUCAGAAGUAGAGUAGGGGCCCUUAUAGACUCAGGGGCUACUCGUAGUUAUAUCAGCCGUAGGGCACUGAAGAAGUUGAGGCUGGGACUAAAAGUCCAGAAGUUAGUAGACCCCAUAGUUAGUGUCCUCGCAGACAACCGCACGAUGCGAGUUGAGGACUACGUAGAGGGAGUCCAGGCGUACUUUUGCCUAGAGAAGGAUGGGAAGGUGGAGAAAGUUCUCCAUUCCCUGACUCUCCUCGUACAAGAUGACCUUCCUUUUGAUAUAGUGUUGGGAAUGGAUUGGGGAGAGGCAGAAGGGGCCACACUUCAUUUGAGAGAGCAUGAGUGUAGGUUCCCUAGUCCGGCGGGCGAAGUUAAGACUGACCGCUUGUUCCACGUGUCGGGUGUAGACAACACCUUGCCACAUUGCUGUCUCAGUGCUCCCGCGUUCGCGCGAUUAGUAAAAAAGGAGCAGUUAGAAGACCAGGUCUUUGUAGUUUAUGUUAGACCUGUCACUGAGGGCCAGGAAAAGGAUAGUUCCACAGAUCCAACAAUUGCCAAGCUGCUGGAAGAGUUUCAGGAUUUGACCGAGUCACCGACAGGAGUAGUGCCGCGACCCAUCCAGCAUAGGAUAGAGAUAGAGCCUGGCAGUAGAACUCCUAAGGGUGCAGUCUACAGGAUGUCCCCUAGAGAGUUAGAGGAGCUUCGCAAGCAAUUAGACAAACUCCUUGAGAAGGGUUGGAUCACGCCCAGUUCGUCUCCUUUCGGAGCACCAGUUUUGUUUGUCCCCAAGAAGGAAGGAGAACUUCGUAUGUGUAUAGACUAUAGGGGUUUGAACGCGAUCACAGUAAAGAACGUUGAGCCACUGCCCUGGAUAGACGAUCUUUUAGAUCGGGUGCAGGGUCGUAAGUAUUUCUCUAAGAUAGACUUAAAGUCCGGAUACCAUCAGAUAAAGGUUAUUCCUGAUAAUCAGUACAAGACUGCGUUCCGGACUAGAUAUGGGCAUUAUGAGUUUAUAGUCUUGGAGAAGCUUAGAGAGGCCAACUUCAAGAUCAACGCGAAGAAGUGCGAGUGGGCCAAGACGCAAGUCUUAUACUUGGGCCACGUGUUGGACGAAGAUGGCAUUAAGCCAGAGGACAGCAAGAUCGCGGCGAUCAGAGAUUGGCCGAUGCCCCGCACAUUGACAGAGUUGCGGUCGUUCCUAGGCCUAGCUACCUACUAUAGGAAGUUCGUGAGGAACUUCUCCACUAUCGCCGCUCCCUUGCGCCGAUUGCUGAAAAAAGAGGCAAUCUGGCAAUGGGACAAAGACUGUACGUCUGCGCUCAAGAAGUUAAAGCGCGCGUUAAUAGAAUAUCCUGUCCUCAAAGUAGCAGAUUGGUCCUUGCCAUUUGUCGUUACCACGGACGCAAGUCAGUAUGGGAUAGGCGCCGUGUUGCAGCCAGACGACGACAAUGGCUAUAGACCCGUAAAGUUCAUAUCAGUGAGGAUGCCCUGUGAGAAGGUCGCUACCUCCACGUACGAGAGAGAACUCUACGCUCUCAGGCAGGCUUUAGAUCAUUGGAAGCACUACCUGCUCGAGAGGCACUUCAAAGUAUAUUCGGACCACGAAACGCUUAGAUGGUUAAAGACUCAGGCCAAGAUGACACCUAAGUUGACUAGGUGGGCCGCAAAGAUAGACCAAUUCGACUUUGAGCUCAAGCCAGUGAAGGGCAAGUACAACGUAGUUGCGGAUGCUCUGAGUAGCAGAUUAGACUACUUUGGAGCUGCAGUACACUAUCUGGAUAUAGGGAGAGACCUGCAGGAGAAAGUGAGGCAAGCAUAUGCGCAGGACCCUAUCUAUAGCGACCUCCUAAAGAGAGUUAGAGAGGCCCCAAAGACUGAACCAGAUUACCGCACUACAGACGGGUUGUUGUUUGAGAAGACUAGUGUGUUUGAUCGCCUGUGCGUUCCCAACAACGAAGAGAUCCGCAGUUUGAUUUUAGGGGAAUGCCACGAUACUGAAGGGCAUUUCGGUUGGCAAAAGACAUUAGCCAACCUGAUGCGUGCGUAUACCUGGCCAGGGAUGAAGAAUGACUGCAUAGAGUAUGUCCGCAGUUGUAAAGUGUGCCAGAGGAAUAAGUCUACUACACGCGCGCCCCUAGGUCUUCUCAGACCCUUGCCUAUUCCGGAUCAGCCGGGGGACUCAGUGUCCAUAGACUUCAUGGACACCCAAGUCAAGAGUAGACAUGGUAAGAGCCAAGUCAUGGUCAUAGUUGACCGAUUUAGUAAGUAUGCAGUUUUUGUUCCUUUGCCUGCAGAGGCCCGUACGGACGUAGUGAUACAGAAGUUCUUUGACUUUUGGGUUAGUGAGAAUGGAAUCCCAUUGUCAAUAGUUAGUGAUAGAGAUAGUCGUUUCACCAGCCAGAACUGGCAAGAACUCAUGAGAGUCUACGGAUCUAAGUUAUUAAUGUCGUCCGGCCGUCACCCAGAGACUAACGGUCAGACAGAACAGAUGAACAAGAUCCUACAACAAGUUCUGCGCAUGUAUAUUAGACCAGAUCAGAUCAACUGGGAUGAGAUGUUGCCCAAGGUCACUAGUGUGUACAACAACAGCGUGCAUCUAUCCACUUGCCGCACUCCCAAUGAGUUGCACAAGUCCUUUAGACCGCGCAGACCGUUCGAAGGACUGAACCGGGAUCAGACUCACAGAUUACCGCCCGGUACCAGGAAGUUUGCGAUACAACACGAAAAGGAGUUAGCCACUGUUGUUGAGAACCUUCGGAAGGCCCAGCACAGAAUGAUAGAACAGGCUAACAAGCACCGACGCCCAUCGCAGUUUCAAGAAGGCGACAUAGUCUUGGUCAAAGCAAAAGAGUUUGCACCGGAAGAAAACAUCUCGCAGAAGUUACUGCCUGCAUAGAGAGGACCGUGGCCAGUUCUAGAAGUCAAGGGCGGAGAGGAUGGACCAUCCUACAACAUUGAGAUUCCAGCACACCUCCACACAUACCCUAUGUUCCAUGCUCCAAAGCUGCCGCCGUGUGUCACUAGUCAACAAUUCCCUUCCAAGAGAUCCAUGAUCCCACCGGAUAUGGAUGGGAGCUAUGACAUAGACGGCAUUGUAGAAGAGGAUGUGUUUAGGACAGGAGGUAGAGGUCCUCCCCAGAAACAGUAUAAAGUUCGUGUUGCCUAUCAGGAACCCGAAGACAACCGCUGGUUCACGAAAGCAGAACUUCUAGAGACUACUCCCGACAUAGUCAGAGCCUAUGAGCGUG